AUGUUUAAACCAAAAAUGAUAGAAAACGAGAAAGAUCUAUCUUGUUGUUAAGAACAUAAGUUACCUGUCGUUAUGAUUGCUCUUGAUCCAAAAUUAUCAAAGCAUUAAAGACUCCUAUGCACAGAAUGUUUAGAGAGUACAGAUUUAGAUGGUAAAAAAGUUGGAUUCAAGAAAAUUAUUUCAUAAAUUGAAGAAGGCUAAAUAAAAAAGUUAGAAUAAGUAGAAGAUGUAUUAGUCAACUAAAUUAAAUUAAUUGAAUAAUUGCACGGCAUUGUCGAUCAAAUGAAGUCACUUGCAAUCUAAUUAUUUGACUAGUAGUUUUCUUUAAUAAAUGAAUGGAUAUAGAAUUUAUCAUAAAAAGGAUUGUAAUAAUCUCAUUAUAGCUUUUAUGAGGAAUUAGAAAUUCUGGUAUUGAAAUAAAAUAAAGCUGAGGAUAACUUAUAAUUAUUAAUCCAUGACAUUUAACAAACAAAUUACUGUUGGACUUCUAAAUUAUAUCCUAAAUUAGAAAUAUUUAAUACAUUCGAAUAAUAUAAAAAAUGUAAAGAACUAUUGUCACAUUAAGAAUUCAUUUUUUAGAAAUUUAGUACAGAUAAAUAACAAUUACAAUCAUAAUCUGAAAUCAAAUUAAAAUUAAUUGAUUAAUCAGUUAAAUAAAACGAAUAAUGUAAUGCAAUAGUUUUUGAUUCUUCUGGGUCAAUUAUGGUAUCAACUGAAGAAUCUAAAAUUAAAAUAUGGAGUUUUCUUAAUGGAAGAAUCAAAUUAGUAACAACAUUGUAAGGACACACUAGUUGGGUCUAAUGUUUAGUUUAUAGCAAAAAAUAAAAUUUCUUUAUUUCUUCAGUCAAAACACUAAGAUGUUGGCAAUAAUUGAACUAAAAUGAGUGGAUUUGUUCAGAACCUUAUUAAUAGCAUACAGAUAUUAUUAGAUGUAUGAUAUUUAACUCAAAUGAGGAUUUGCUAUUUUCUGGGAGUUUGGAUAAAUCAAUCAAAGUUUGGAAGGUUGAUUUAAAUGAAAAUAAACUAGUAUUUAUAUAUUCAUUGGAUAAACAUAUUAAUUAAGUUAUUUCUUUGAGUUUAAAUUAAUAAGAAGAUUAAUUAGUAUCAUGUGCAGAAGGUUAGAAUUAAAUAAUUAUUUGGGAAAGAAGAGAUAAGGAAAAAUUUGAAUUCAAAUAUUUUGUUAAAUAAUCAAUUUCAGAUUAUGGACUAAACGUUAAGUUUAUUAAAGACAAUUAAUUUAUUUGGAUAACUGGUGAAAAACAAACAGAUAAACUCUUUAUAUUUGAAUUAAAACAAGGAGUCUAUUAAGAAAAUUAAGAAAAGACUAUCCAACUGAAUAAAAAUAAUCAAAAUUUUGAUGAAUAUAGAUUUUCAAUUUUAUAUAUUAAGGAGAGGAAUUUAAUAGUAGUAAAACAUAAGACAUAUAUAUAUAUUAUUAGAGAGAUUGAUGAUGGUCAGUAUAAAAUUGAUGAUUAAUUGAAUUGUGAUACAUUCAGUAUUUAUGGAAAUAUCACUUCUAAUGGACAAUAUUUGGUGUAUUGGGAUUACAAUAGUAAAGCUUAUUCAACAUAUGAAUUAUUAAAUAUAUGA